GCGUCGCGGGCUGAGGCGGAGGGAGGGGGUAAGAUGGCGGCGCCCGUCCUGCUGCGAGUGUCGGUGCCGCGCUGGGAGCGGGUGGCCCGCUCCGCGGUGUGCGCGGCCGGCAUCCUGCUCUCCCUCUACGCCUGCCACCUGGAGCGGGAGAAGGGCCGCGACCUCCACUACCAGGCCCUGUGCGACCUCAGCGAGCGGGUCCGCUGCUCCGCCGCCAUCACCUCCAGAUGGGGUCGAGGAUUCGGUCUGUUGGGUUCCAUCUUUGGAAAGGACAGUGCAAUAAAUCAGUCAAACAGUGUUUUUGGACUCGUGUUUUAUAUACUACAAAUGCUACUUGGUAUGACAGCAAGUGCAGUAGCAGCUCUAAUCCUCAUGACAUCCUCCAUAGUGUCUGUAGUAGGGUCAUUGUACUUGGCAUACAUUCUGUACUUCGUGCUGAAGGAAUUUUGCAUUGUCUGCGUCAUCACAUAUUUGCUGAACUUCAUUCUCUUUAUCAUCAACUACAAACGACUAGUUUAUUUGAACGAGGCCUGGAAACGGCAACUCCAACCCAAACAGGAAUAACGCCUGUUUGAACUUUUGACUGACAGUCUGAAGACCCAACUUCCAUUAAGUUUAUUUUGCAGUAAUUUUUUAUUCUCCAUAUCAGACACUUUCCCUGAGAAUCAUAACUGAAUUUUUAAUUAUAAAUUUGAAGGGGCCCUAGAUAAUUUUUUUGUGCUAAUCUUCAAUUUAAAUGUGGUUAUGAAAGAAAGCUCUAAUACAAUCAAAGACAAGCUUUAACUUUACUUUGAAGGAGUUUUAGCCACAGCAAAACCUAGACUCUCUCUUCCCCCUCCACUUGUGAAGUGGGUAACACUUGCUAUAAAAUAUCCUGUAUAUAAAUUCAGGUAUAACGAGAUGUGAUCAUGACAUUAAAUAUUCUAGACUAGCAUUACCAUAUUUAAUGUUGCCAUGUUUACAGUAUGUGUAUUACUUUUUUUUUUUUUAGCUGAUGGACUUAGAUUUGACUAGGACUUACACUGUAAAUAAAAUUAGAAAUAUUGGUUUCAUCCCUGGAGAACUCACUGUACAAUCAGUUUUGUUAGCCUAGGAGCUGUCAGAGUGUUCAGCUAAUAGUCGACUGACAUGAUGGAAGAAGUGACCUCUGUAGAGAACACCGUGUUGCUGCACUCACUGCUAGUGCUUUCACAAGAAUGAUGGUUGGGAUUUGUUCUUUUUUUUUUUUUUUUUUUUUGUCUCCAGUAACGAAAACGGAAUUAAAGCUGAAACCUGAAGUAUGUUCAUUAAACCACAACUUCAUUAAUUUCUGUACAGAAUGAAAAUAGCUUAAUGUGGUCAAUAGAAAGCUGCCACCGGGAUAUUGUACGCAGAUGGGGGGUUGGUGUAUCAAAGAGUGUUCUUUGAAAGGACUUAAUUUCCAUGCAGAGCUGUUUCAUUUUUAAACUGCGGUCAGACAGCCAGUGUUACUAAUGUUUGAUGUUAUAUGAAUGCUGCAGUAUAGAAUUGCAAUUUGCAGUGGAAACCACUGACUGAGUGGGAUAACCAAGUAGUGCACUGAAGAAGCAGUUACUUAAUUGAUCUUCGUCAGGAUCUUUGGUUUGUGCUAUAUUGGGAAAUGAACUUUAGGCCUGACACACAUGAGAUCCCUUGGAAGAGCAACCUGUUUAGUCGGAUAAGUAAGUAAAUGUGCUCCUGAAAAUGAAAUGCGAUAUAGUGCUAUCAUUGCUCUUUCUAAUAACUAAUUGAAAAAGAAUUAAACUGCAGAUUUAAAGGAACAAAAUUGUAAAUGUUGUUUCUGCACUCGGUAUUCUAAGGCUGAAUGUUAAAAGUGCCUUCUGUCUUAAAAUGUUAAACCAAAUACUUUGUGUUGAACUUGGCAGGCAGAAGUGUCCUUGCUUUAAAAAUGAACAAACAAACAAAAUUCCCAGCAAACUUGCUGGGGAUAGAAGAGUAUUAAGAGAUCUAUUUUAGUUUUUAGACUGAGAAGUGGUAGCAAUAUUGUUUCAGUUAAGUUAAAUCAAUGCGAUAGAACGUUGAUGAUGUGAUUCGGAAAAGUAAAAUACUUGUGUUUCCGACUCUGUGACACCAAAAUGUAUAGGUUCAGCUACUUUCUGUAAUUGGUGCUGUGCUGCUUUUUGCCCUUGUCAGCUUCUAAAUAUGAAGAAUUCCAACUGCAUACCUGUUUAUUUAAAGAAUUAGUUUAACUAAUUUUAGGAUUUUUUUUUUCUUUAACAUGAAUGUCAGAGAGACACUUAUGUUGUAUGGCUAAGUGGAUUAUAAACACUAAGUUGCUGAGGAUAAACUUGACUGUGAAACAUGCAGUGUUCCGUAGAGAAAAUAGAAUUUUUAGAUUGACUUCACAAAACAGUAUUUAAAUUACUACUGAAGUAAUUUUCUGGUUUGUAUCAAGGAUGUAGGUGGAAACUGCUUUUAUGUAUAGAGUUCUGUGGUAUGAGUAACAUCUGUUGCAUGUAACACUAAAUUACUUGUCCCUCUUGUCUAACAGUUUUAGACAACAAUUCAUUAAAUGCGUUUUGUAUUGACCAGAGUAUAGUUAAAGCUUGUCUUGAUGUUUAGUUCUGUCUCUGAAAUGCCUUGAACUUUGAUAUGAGGGGAGUGAAUGAUGUUAAACUGGUCCCUCAAGGCUUUACUUUGUUCUCUUACAAGCCUUGAGGCAAUAUCACUGUUUAAUAUGUUGUAUAGAUUUAUUUUGAUGCAUUCCUGUGAUCUACACUAAGGCAUCUUUUUCAUCCAAGGAAGAGGUGAACAUGUGCUGCCUGAAAUGGUUAGUCGCAGUGCUAAUAUCUCAGAACAAGCAGCAACGGAGACAAGUAUAAUCCAUGAUUACUUGGUCCAAUUUCUGGGUGUAGCGCACACCCGAAAAAAGGAAAAAAAGCCCCAUCAGCUGAAAGUAUAGGUGUUGACUAACUUCGCUGUGUCUUGUGCUUGUCUGUGUGGGCAUAGUCUGUUAAUUCAGUUUGUUUAGUAAAAUUGUUUAGGGCCAGAUUUUCAGCAGUGGUGUCUGCAGUCCUUGUCUGUGUGCACAUAGGGAUCAAAUGGAAAUUGAGUUUGGUCUCUGGAAGAAUUUGCAGCUACACUUCGUGCACGAACUUGCAAAUCCGAUCCUUAAUUGUGAACUCUUCUUGUCUUGUGUGCUUUUCUUGCGGUUACUUUUUACUGGAAGUGAUUUGCUAGAAAUGGCCCUAACUCUUCUACUUUCUCUGUUGUGCUUCAGAAAUGCAGUUGGCCUGAAUAAAGGGCAAAAUAAUCUUAGCAGUAGAAAUUUGGACCUUUUUGCUUCUAGUUCUUUGACUCUUUCCUUAGUGCUCCCAGUGAUAGAAACAGCAUAUUUCUUCCAGUAAAAUGGCUCAGGCUACAGUUACUAAUGUGAUGGAAAUCAGAUGAGUGCUUCAUGCAACUGCCCCCUGCCUGCCCCCAGCCAAAACAAAAGUGGCAAAUGUGUGGUUGAUAUUAAUUUGACCCUUAUGAAUCCGAAAGCAAAUUCUAAGCAAUGGUGAGGAUACAAGAGUAUGGGUAAAAGCUAGUCAAUAAUACCUGGUCUGGCAGAAGGUCAGGGGGCGUGACACAGGUUCUGGUUGUGGUUUCAACACUCAUGAGAAUGGAGGGGGGAAAAAAUCACAAUAUAUAAACAGUGGUUAUGAAUUUGGGCUGCUCUUCCCCCUCCUUGGCUCUCAGAAGUUCUGCAGGGAGGGGCCAAUUGGAAAGGCAAAAGAACCUCAUCCCAAAACCUGCUUAGGAAUUAAGCAUUCCUGAAAUCCUCUUACUGUAAGGUACUUGCUACUCUUAAGGCCAACGAAGCAUUCAGGUCUCAUUUAGGAAAUGAAUGUUCUUGGAAGUUUCUUACUGUAAAGUGUUUGCAACGCUAAGGCCAAUGAAACAUUCCCUACCACCUUUGAUAUCUAAAGUGACAAUAAAUCUCUCUUAUUAGAAGAUUUCUGCAUACUGUAGUAAGCAUUUGUCUUUUGCUGUACAGAGUCUCUCGAUUGUUCAAAGAGAUUGGUGAGGUGCUUCAGGCAGCACUUGAUGCUCCUAAUUUAUAUGGGCUAAUGUCAAAGAGAGAUCUAAUAGCUUUGGUUCUGCCAAUGUUGUUUAAACAUGAUCUAGACAAAACUGGUCCAGAAAAGAUGAAGUAUUCUGUUACCAUAAAACUGUAUUAAGCAUGGCCUAAAUAUUAGGUGUUUGUUCUGUAUAGUAUGUUCCAUCAACUAUUUAUUACUAGUGCUUUAAACUCCAAAUUAAACAUCCAUUUAAAUGGAGUCAUUGGGCAGGUGUUCCUUUUAUCAGUAUAGGUUGAGAGAUUCUCUAUUGGAGGUUUAGGAUACAAUUUUGCUAACAGGUAAAACAAUGUAAAUAUGUAUGAAUUCUAUUUGUUGCACAUAACUUUUUGGUAUAAAAAUAAAUGUAGAAAUGACCUGUG